AUGGCUCAACCGGACUGUUACCAACCGUUACAAGUGGUGGCACUGGCUCAUUCUCAUGUAGUACGAGCGUGGCUGGUGCUCAUGGUAUGGGAUGACUUGUCGCUGGUGCUCAUGGUAUGGGAUGACUUGUCGCUGGUGCUCAUGGUAUGGGAUGACUUGUCGCUGGUGCUCAUGGUAUGGGAUGACUUGUCGCUGGUGCUCAUGGUAUGGGAUGACUUGUCGCUGGUGCUCAUGGUAUGGGAUGACUUGUCGCUGGUGCUCAUGGUAUGGGAUGACAUGGUGCUGGUGUUGUGGGCUGCUGCCGUCUCCUCUCCACCAUGCCAUGUUGUAACCCGCCCCACUGCACAGCGCGCACAAUGGUCUGCUUGCCUCAGUUGUUCCUCCCUUCCCCCCCACCAGGCGCCAGACAAGAUGCACAAUGCGCACAAGGGGCUGGUGCUGUUCUUUGCGCCGGACAAGAUGCACAACGCGCACAAGGGGCUGGUGCUGUUCUUUGUGGGGGCGGGGUUGAACCCCGUCAACCAGGUGCACAUCCCGGGCGCUGAUGAGAUCUUCAUCCGCCUUGCCGCCCCCAUGGUGGUGGAUUUGGGCAUUCUGGGCGUGAUGCUACAGCAGGUGCCCAUGAUGCCCAUCAGCUUCAAAGUGGGUCCCCCUGGCAUAGGCCCGCGGGCUGAUCUCAUUGAAGAGGAAAUCACCGCCCACACCCUCGCCAUGUUUCUGGACCAUCCAGACGAGUGGGAGUGGCUCACCCCCCUGCCCAUGGCCAAGUCCAUCAUCCGCGCCCUCGAUGCCACGCAGCUCGCUGUUAGAGAGCUGCUGCCGCAUGUGCCCGUGGAGGGGUUUGUGGCGAUCGGAGUGAGCAAGCGAGCAGGCAUGUCCUACUUCGCUGCAGCUCUAGACAAGCGAGUGGUGGCGUUCAUAACGUACGGGUACGAUGUGCUCAACGUGGUGCCCAACCUGCAGCACAUGCACGACUCGCUGGGCGGCUGGCCCAUUCUGCUCAAGUUCAACUCUGAGUACAACAUCAGCCAGCGCCUCCACUCCAACCUGUACCGGAAAGCGGCGGAAGUGAUCGACCCGUACACGCUCAUCGACCGCAUGGACAUGCCCAAGCUGCUCAUCUCCGCCUCCAACGACGAGUUCUUCCUCAUCGACGACUCCUACUAUUUCAUGAAGGACAUGCCACAGCCCACGCAGUUCAAGAUAGUGCCCAACCUCUACCACAUGGUCAUCCAGAACUCCUUCUGGGCAUAUGACGCAAGCAUCUCCUUCUUCUCCUCUAUCCUAGAAGUCGAUUCCUCCUGCGCCUCUCUCCCCGCCUCCUCCCGCCCCUCUCUCACCUGGACUCGACCCAACACCUCCUCCUCUUCUUCCUCUUCCUCCUCCUCAUCUCCAUCCUCUUUAAGAGCCACUUCAGUAGAGGGUACAGGAUUGUUCUCUCAAGGAGGUGGAGGAGAAGGAGGUUCGGGAACUUCCGAGCGUAAGAUGCUGCCUUGGAGCUGCACGCCGAAGCUGCCAGCUGUAUCGUGGCCGAACCUGAGGUGGCGGUUUGAUUGGUCCACGUUCACCAUCUAUGCCACGUCAGAGCGCAAGCCAUUGGCUGUCAGAGCGUGGAGUGCUCGCACAAUUCUGGGCAGCAAGCGAAGGGACUUCCGAAUGGUCAUCAAGCAAGGCUCAGCAGGAUGUGUGGCGCCCUUCCAGAUGCCCUCCUUCACAUACCCGGGCAAGUUCGGCAUGCUGUGUGCGCAGCCCAUACCGUAUGUGACUGUGAACAUGUCAACGCCCAGGGCGGAGGAUGACGGGUUGUGGCACUUCCACGCUACCAUCACUGAUGUGCCCAAGGAGGGGUACAGGGCGAUGUUCAUAGAGGCGGAUUUCAAGCAGGGAACGUAUAAGAAGCCCUUCACCAUCACCACAGAGGCUAUGGUCGCCCCCAACACGCUGCCCUUCUCGCCCUGCACCAAGACAGAGUGCUACUUCCACUUCGUGUAA